CUCCACGUCUGAAUGACGUCGGCUUUGGCCAAUCGCAGCUCCGCAAGCUUCUACGGUCGCCCGCAAGGCAAGAAGCAAGGUCAGCGGUAGCUGUCAGACACCGUGAGCAUGCUGGGCGCUCGUCUUAUAUACAACGCUGCAAGGCGAGCAGGUCCGCCAUGUUCUCAGACUCUGGUCCGACCUUUUAGUCUGGCUCCUCAGAUGCACUCAUUUAAGCUCGUAAAUGCCAAGGAGGAGCUAACUGAUAUGAAGUCUGUCACCGACAAAGCCGCUCAAACCUUGCUGUGGACAGAGCUUUUCAGAGGCUUGGGAAUGACCCUCAGUUACUUGUUCCGGGAGCCCGCAACUAUAAACUACCCAUUUGAGAAGGGUCCAUUGAGUCCACGGUUCCGUGGGGAGCAUGCACUUCGCAGAUAUCCAUCAGGAGAGGAGCGCUGUAUUGCUUGCAAGCUUUGUGAAGCCGUUUGCCCUGCUCAGGCCAUCACAAUUGAGGCGGAGCCUCGUGCAGAUGGUAGCCGCAGGACCACAAGAUAUGACAUCGACAUGACUAAAUGUAUCUACUGUGGGUUUUGCCAGGAAGCCUGUCCCGUGGAUGCCAUUGUGGAGGGUCCCAACUUUGAGUUCAGCACAGAGACGCACGAGGAACUCUUGUACAACAAAGAGAAGCUCCUAAACAACGGGGACAAGUGGGAAGCUGAGAUUGGCGCAAACAUCCAGGCCGACUUUCUGUACCGCUGAGUCUUAACCGACUCUCUCGAACGUUCAAAAUCAACUUUUAUGCACACAGAAUACAAACCAAUAAAAAUCCGCCCUACAGUUUGGUCAUCAUGCAGAGCACUUAUUUAACAUGUCCACUCCGUGCCAGGAGAUGCCCAGGCUAAUGACUGGUGCCCUGCAGUGAAACUGUCCUAUCUAUAGCCUUGAGGUGUACAGAGUCCUGUUCAUUAGUUCUUCCUCUUUAUCCAAGGGGAGUCCGAUGUGAGGAACCACCAAUCCUAAUGCCACUUAAGGAAGGUUCAUGCUUCUUUUUUCUCAUCUGUACGGUGUGUAUGAUUGCUGUGCAGGGAGCUGUAGCACUGUUAAAACCUGUGGAUUCAUCUAAAGAGGCCCUGUCAGUUUUGAAAUGGUCAUCAUUUAGCUAGAGACAAUUUAUGAAAAUUCUUAGUAUAUGUUGUAAUUAAUAGAUCUUUUCAGAGCUACCUCCUUUUGUUAGAUGAUGGUACCUACCCCUAUGCUCUAAACCUUUCAAUGAGGCAACACCUCUUCAAUCCUUUUAUUAGAUAUGGUUGGUAGUGAAUUAAUUCACAUACGUUUUUUAUAGCGUCAUGCCACCUAAUUAUACGUUGUAGAAUGAGGCAACAAAAUGGUUAACUUUGUAAACCGUAUAGCUCAUUUUGUGUUUAUAAAAGCAUGUGACGAUUCAGA